AUGGAGUCAAUUGCUCAUGAAUAUGGACAAAGAGUGAUGCCUCAUUUUGCCUCUUUCAAUGCGCAAAAUAUCAAAUCAUCGGCACAAAACGCGAAACCGACAGAUUUAAGCACGAAAUCGUCUUCGAAAACUUCACAUCGACCUUCCAGAGAUUCAGGUGAAGAACCAAGAUCAAAAAUCGUAAAACGAGAUAGAGAAGUGUUUACAAUCAAAGUUGAUGCACCAGUACCUUCACCUUCGACGUCUUCUACAGCUUCACGAUCUUCGACAGCAUCACCCCAACCGACGACGUCCUCACCUACAUCAUCCACAGUUUCAAAGCCGAAACCAAGUCCGAUUAGUUUAGAUUCAUCGCUCAUGUCUCAUUUGUCGACAUCAUCAUCGUAUUUACCGAUACCAAUAUCACCAACCAAAAUCUCCCCAUUCAAAUUUACAGCAUUACCCACGCCAUUAAUGGUACCGAGUCCUAUAAUGGGACCCAGAGCACCAUUACUGCAUUUUUGGAGUUCAUUAAGCCCGGUUACAACUAUGAGUCCAAGAUUUGGACCAGCUUUUCAGUUUCCUGGAUUCUUUAACGGACAGAUUCCAUUCCCACCAGUUACUAUAAGCAGCUCCUCAGCGAUGGAAAAUCUAGCAACUCCAGGAGUGCCGUCUCCGACGCGGACAAUCCAAGUCCCAUGA